AGCGAGGAGCAUCGACGUCGAGGGGAGGAACGCGUACGCGACCCUGCUUUCGUGUCCAAGCUCGAAUCACUCCGACAGUGCAUACGGGAAAAGAAGGAGGACAAGCACCUGGCUGCUGCCCUCGUCGAUCUCUUGCAAUGCUAUGCUCAGCUUUUGUCAUCCUCGUCCACAGCCAAUGCCUUCAAGAACCAUGAUAGCAGGCACGUCAACACCAGGGUCGACAUCCCGCGUCACAACUACGACCUCCGGUCUAGGCGCCAUGCUGCCAAGAGCGGCGAAAGCAGGGUCUCUGCCUUUGAGCAGGGAAACCAGCAGCUGAGAAGUGGUGGAGAGUGCAACUGUGUCGAUAUCGCAAUCCGCGUCCCAAAACAACACAUGCUCUGCUUGGCAUUGCAAGAUGAGCAGUCUGCUGUCGACGAUGGAUCCGAUGCGAGCAGCGUCCGUAGGGACGCGCAGCAUCCCUAUCUGGACUAUGCUUCAGUCGUCGAAAUGAAGCGAGAGGCUUACAGCGACCUCAGCGGCUCCCUUGUCAAACAGAUCGCCCGCGACGCGGUGAGUCGUUGUCGGCAAGGCAACUCCCAGACAGACGCACUCUCAAAGGUAGCCCAGGCGCAUUGGCCUGGCCUGCGGUUUUUGCUGGGGCACGUGCGCUCGUCUUCCUCGCGCGUUUUUUUCUUCUUUCCGCUGUCGAUCCGCUCAGCUGAACCAACUUGCCCUCCACUCACCCCCUUCCAAACGACCCAACAGCGUCAGCUUCUGAUCGCCCAUCCAUUCGCGCGACACGUUCAUGUAGUGACAUGGACAGGGUCCUUGGUGCGUCUGUGGCAAUACAAUGCCAACGGCAUCGUCUUGUCCCGCCCCUUCACACUCAUGAAGACGUCAGACUCGCGCAGAAAAGAAGGCAGCGCAGACAACGUCGCAGAGCUAGGCAAGCUGUGCUACCUGCUCAUGUCCGGAGAGGCAACUGUCCUUCCACGAUGGACACCAUGCUCCCCCGAUGCCAAAGCUCAACUACUGGGCAUGGAGGUUGGCAUUGAGAUCAAAGAUCAUCAGUCUGUUCUCAUCAUCAAUGUGCGCCUCAGCAUAGAUGGCUCUCGCACCGUGCUGUUUGGCACACCCAUCACAAAUAUUCACUUUCCUCAGCAAUUCAAGACGCAGUAUCCUUGGGUCUUUUUCAAAUGCAGCUGGCUCCCAGAGCAACUAAGCCAGCACAAGCACACUAUGCUGAAAGAAUUGUCAAAGACUGGCUGUGCACCGGAUCCUAUUGGCAAUUUCCAGCUACCCUGGACAACUUCGACAUUGAAGAGCUUCUCGCGCUCUGAAGAAGACGAAGGUCAGCAUAAAAUGCUAGCUUGCGUGCUCGUCUUUGCACAGCAUCGCGGAACGCACAUUCCCUACACUUUGUCGGUCGCAGCGAAAGCUGACGUGUUCGCUCAGCUGUCUCAACAACUCUGCGCUUAUGCAAAGAGAGGGUACCAUUACCGUGAUUUGAACACCGGCAACGUUCUCAUCAGGUAUGAGAACGACAAGAUGGUUUUGAACCUGGUUGACCACGGGAACGUCCGUCAUGGCUCUGUGCGUGGCCUCGAGACCACGGCAGAGGACGACGCACGUUCCGCAAACCAGCUCUUCAUCCCCUCCGGCAUGCACAGGGCCGUGAGUGCUCGGGAUUCGUUCAUCUUCGCCGGCCAACGAUUGUUGGUCGCAAUUACAGACAGGGACAAGAUGCUCAGGCGGAGACAGUGGUAUGACGAGCAUCGAGAGCUGUACCUGUCUCUGCACAGGUACUGUGACGACCUCGAGUCGUCGAUCUACAUACUCAUUUGGCUGGUGAGUAGCUUGAGUGCUUCUGUUCCUCUUGAAGUACAGCGAUGCUGAUGUGCUGCGGUCAUAGUCUGCAAAGCCCGGAAUGCACGAUCAGCUACGCAGAAUCCUCACCAACGCAGGCGAGAAGACUAAAGCAUGGUCGAAGGAAGUCCGUUUCGAAAUGGUAUGUCUUCCUGACCGAGGAUGAGGACUCCCCCGGCAACACGGGGUUCGAAUUUCGCUAAUAGCUUCAAUUCACGGUCCUGCCGACGCAGCUACUCAUCGAACACCUCGGCGCAGAAGAGGUUUGCAAUGAUUUGCUAUUGGAACUCUACAGAGCCAUUCGACAUGCACAAGAAGCAUCGCUGAAAAGGGUGGAGACACACUACGAGGAGAUGAUCCUCAACGGCGAGAGCAACGUGCCCUUUGAGAUCAUCGAAAGUCGACUCAAGACCGUUGGGGAACUCCCUUUGACGCCAGAAGAAGAGCAGUGCAUGGCUGUUGAAGCGCCAAGACUCUUCAGGGAGAUGAGCCGCUUGAUGAAUGGCAGCGCAAUGGUUGGGAUCGGAUCGCCGCUUUUCGCUAGCCGACGUGCUACUUGUGACCCUGCGUGCGACGCUGAGCUGACUGGGAGUCCUGCUACACUCUCGACUUCUCGUCAGAAGCAGACCGCUUCAGACUCGACUCCAGCAGACGCUAAAAGAACAAAGGCACAGCCUUAAGUAAGUCGCGCCGCAAGCCGCAAAUUUCUGCCUCGAGUCAGGCAGCCUUCAAUUCGAAGGAGUCCCCGUGCGAGUCGAUGGCUGCCUGUCUCGCCUGGGCUGUUGCUGCUCGGAACUCUGAUUUCGGCCCCUUCCUUGGUCCCGCCUUGUAGCCUAACACUCACCCAAUCGCUCGGUCACACUCAAGUCGCUCACAACUCUCGCCACCAUCUGCCCGUUCCUGAUACUGGUGCUGCGCCUUAUUCGCCCUGCAAUGGCCUCUUUUUGUAUCGUAUUGCAUGCAAAGGCGGGCAGCUUGAGCGCCU